CUGUGUUGUCGAUCCAUUUGUUGUCGCUCUGCUUCCGUGUGCAUCACAUGGCAGGAAGAGGCAGCAGCAUCAUGGAGCACACAGCAGGCUGCAGAGACAGUUCCUCCGUCAGUCAGCGCUUUGACUGCCUCACACAUGUGUCCACAUGUUUUCAGACGGGGACAUGUCCCACACAAAGUGCUGCCGAGGUGGCCCGUGUGAUAUUCUCCGUGGUGUGUGGACCGGUCCCCGGUGAGGACAGAGAGAGUGGUCCUGCAGAGAGCUGUGAUCUGACCUGCAUCAGUGUGAGUCUGGUGGAGAGGAUCACCUCUGACCUGACGUCCCGGGUCCUGCCUCCUGCACUGACCUCCUACUGCGGGGAGAUCCUGACGGUGUUUCAGGACCUGGAUCUCAUGUCCCAACUUGUCCAGCUGUUCCACGCUGAGGACCAGAUCAUCUCACAUCUCGCUGCAAAGACUGCAUCAACAUGUGUUUUCUAUCAGCUCCUCAAAUCUGGCACCGUCAGUCCUGUGUGGCAGCAGAAGUGUGUGCAGACGUUCUACAACUCAGCCCUCGGUCCUGAGCUGGACGCCUGUCUGUGGUCGCUGACUGAAGUCCUGAAAAGACUUCUCAAAGGAGCUCAUCAAGACACCCUUGGGAAACUUCUGUCAGCGUUUGACUCCAGCCUCGGUGCUUUGUGUUCAAAGUUCCUGCCUGAGGAGAGAAAAGAGGCGAUGCAGUGUUCGGUGGAAAGCUGGGGAACAACAUUCUGCCUCCUGCUGGACCUGCUGGAGGUGCUGACUGCGUCCAGUUUGAUAUGUGGAGCCGGUGUGUGUCUGAAGAGUCAGAGAAUAACUCACAUCCACUCCUCAGCACUGCUGACAACAAUCAGCUGCUGCUCAGAGUAUUUUGUCAAAAAGCGAGCGCUGCUGCUUCUGAAGAGAGCGGUGCUUCAGAAGGCUGGAGAGGACUGGGCUUCAGGUGACGUGCUGUCCACUGGAAUAAAACACAAGCACUUCAGCUCUGAUAUGAGUCUGCUGGCUCACAGUGUGCUCACAGCUGUGGCUACUAACUGGCUGCAGAGUGUUCAGGUGGAGUCAGCCUCUUUCUUUGGGGGGGCGAGAUGCGUCAGAGUCGAGGAGGGUCAAAAACCAGACUGUGUGAUGCUGAGGGCCGUCAGCCUGCUCCUUCUCAAGUCCAUUGAGCUUCACAUCCAAACAGCUGGAGGAGCAGCAGGAGCGGACAGUGCUGCAGAGGUUUCUGGGUAUCUGCAGAAUCUGUGGGGCUUCCUGCAGCAGUGCGGUGUCCAGCUGACGGAGGUCACUCACUGCUGCUGCUGGAUCAGCCUGCUGUUUGGAGAACAGGACGAUGACAUGAUGGAGGCAGCCAAAGCUUUGCUGUCCAUAUUCUUACAUCACAGAUGGUGUUCAGGGUUGGAGGACUCUGCUGUGUUGGAGGCAGCCUGUGCGUCUGGCUGCAACCCUCACUGCCACUUCCUGCUGCUGCUCCAGAGCAUCUCCUUCGACCACAGCAUCCUCCUCGACUUCCUCAUCUCCACUGAAACCUGCUUCCUGGAGUACUUUGUGCGGUACCUCAAGUACCUGAGAGCUGACUGGCCGGGCUUCACUGCAGCAUGUGGACGAAUCAGCUGGCCUCAGCUGUCACUGACUGCCUCAUGUCGUGGUGAUGUGUUAAAGGUGACAUGUAAAGGUCAGCCAGAUCGAGUUGAACACAGCUCCUGUGACCAGCCCACAGGUGUUACUUCACCAGUGGGAACGAUGAGUCCGGCUGCUGGGAUUCACCUUGUAGAGUACGACAGUUCUGACGAGUCUGAGCCAGAGGACAUGGAGGUUUGUCAGGAUCAACCAGGAGCAGCUGUGUGUGAGAACAUUAGUGCUUUGCAUGUGAAACAAGAGAUUAGUGGACAACCAGUACCCAUCAAGCUGGAACAAUAUGAGUCAUUGAACUCACCAGGAUCACUAAGUGAACCUAACUCCACACCAGAAAGAAGACCAAGAGGACCGCCACUGUCGGUGUUACAGACUGAGGAAGCAUCACGUCCAGGUCCACAGGUGGCCUGUAAAACAUUAGCCAGAGCAGUCCUCUGUAUGUCAGCGCUCAGAGAGGUGGUGACGAGGCUGCAGACGAAGAAACUCUUCCCAUACAACCCUUCGUCACUCUUAAAGCUCUUAAUACAAGUAGAGAACUGUUCCUAGCGAUCAUGUCUGUUACAGUUCAAUAAAGAUAUAUGUUUUGUGAAA